GGUUCACGGCGCCAUAAGCUCAUUGAACAGGCUUUGUGGUCCAGUUGUUAGCGUUCCCCGGUCACAGUCAUGGGCUAGUGGGCCGUGGGUUGGGAUCCUGGCGGGUUGGUCUUGGCGGGAAGUUCAUGACGACGUAAACAAACCAAAUUGUCAUAAGUGUCAGUUGGCAUGUCACUGAAAUGGCAUCAGGGAGUGAAAACGUUGAUUCAGCAAGACUGGGAAACAGCCUUGAAGAACUGAUAACCAGAAUACAAGAACAACUGGAGAACUUAAAGGAGGAAGUUGGAGAAAGUUGUACCAAGGCACCAGUAGGUAAUGAGACGGACCUGAGGAAGAUCAAGAUGGAACACGAGAGUGAAAUAGAAGCCACUAUGAAGACAGGAUUAAUAGAGCUGCCAGCUGAUAACCAGUUGUUGAUGAGGAUAGUCAAGGAGGAUUCAGAGAUAAUGGCCAUUACUAAUGCUAGGACUUUGUCUGCUUACAGGAAAAAGGUGAAGGAAUUACAAAAGGAAAAGAAGCAGUGUCAGGAGAGGCUAAGGAUGGCAACUGUUGUUAAUGAAAACCUGACCCAAAUCCUCAAAAACAAAUCAGAGAAGGACCAAUUGGAGACAUUAAAAAGAAGGUUUAAGCGGUCAGCAGUGGUUUUCAAGACACUACGAAGUGAUCUGCACACAUUACUUUCUGAGUUCUAUCCGGAGGAAGAUGAAAGUAAUUCAAUGGAGAGUCUCCUGGAGCGCCUUGUUACACAGAUGUUAGUGAAUCAGAAUGACCCAUAUAUUGACAUUGAUGACACCACUAAAAAGGAACAUGUAGCAUUGCUUCUUCGUGCUAACUUGAUCAUGAGACAGCAGCAAAACUUCUUGCGAAUCAGAUUUAUCGAUCCUAGAAACUAAAAAUAGACUUGGUAUGUUUGUGGCUUAGAAUGUUAUAUGGUGUUAUAGAACCUUGAGGAUUAACAGCUAUCUCAUAUACUUUCCUCUAUUUAUGGAGAAGAAAUUUGUUUUUGUAGUUAUUUUUUUAACUCUUUCAAGGCUUUUCCCACUUAAUGCAGGGAGGCCAAAUAAAAGUAAAUACCGUACUCGCACAUGUUAUUUCUUCAUAUGUUGUCUUUCAUUCCUUCUGGUGUAAAAGUACAGUGAACCCUCGAAGAUCAGGACUAAAGGGGGGAACCACCUGUCUGGAAAAGUCAAUCGUCUGAAUCUUCCGGUGAAUGUACUAAAUGUAUAAAAACGAUAAAUAAUGAUAUAAAAAACAACAAAAAUACAGUACAUAUUAUCCUCACUACUGGGGUUAGUUUUGCAGACUUUUUCCUGUGAAAAAGUCAUAAUUUGGAGCAACAUAUUACUGUACUCAUUUGUACUUGAUGUACUACAACUACACUAAAGGACUAAAAUUUUAUCAUUCUUGGCACAGUAUGUAAUGUCUAUACUCAAAUUAUUCACUAUCUUGCAAGGAUUCCAGCAAUGCAAGUUAUAUUCUGCUAAGUUUAGUCUGAAUUUUUAUAAGGUAAAAACUUUAAGCUGAAAACUACCUUCAUCCCUGGGAAGGGGGAGGUGAGGUUGACAGCCAGGUAUGGAGGUGGAGAGGGGGUGAGGUAUUGACCAGCCAGCGGGGGGAUUACCCAGUGUGCAGUUCUUUAAGGAUUCUUAUCAGUCAUAUAGAGAAAGUUUAACUUUUUCACUUAUAAAAGUCACUGAAUUGACUUGGGAGAAUAUAACUUACAUUGUUGUAAUUCUUGUAAAAUGUGGAUUAAUUUCAAUACAAUUAUGCUAUAGUUUGCACUUGACAAAAUUUUAGGAAUUAUUUAGUGCAUUUCAGUACAAUACGGGUUUGCCCUUAGGGCAGUUAUUUCUUUUACUUUUUUCACACUAUGUAUUUAGGAUGGUGUGUGCAUGCAAAUGAAUAAAAAUAAACGAAGAAA